AUGGCCACAGGGAGAAUAGGGUACCCAGAUGCCUGGCUCCUAGUGGUACUGCUAUGGGCACUAGCAGGGGCUCAGAGAUCAGGACCUCGGUGCCCAUCGUGUGGGUUACCCACACUAGAACCCCAGGAAGAGAGGGCCCUUGUGUUGGAGCUGGCCAAGCAACAGAUCUUGGAGGGGCUACAACUGACCAGCCGUCCAAGCAUACCCCAUCCUCCCCACCCUGCGAUCCUAGCCAGAGCCUUAAGGAGACUUCAGUCUAAGAAGGUGGCUCAGAUGAACCAGGUGGAGACCAUCAGCUUUGCAGCAGAAACAGGCUCCUCUUCCACUCCAGCCUAUGGAUCUAUCCUCAGCUUCCAUCUCUCCACUCCCUUACACCCACCUCCAUACUACAUCCGUCUUUGGCUGCAUCUGCAUCCCACCCUAGCUGGUACUCCCUCCAUUCAAAUCUUCCAGUGGGGUUUGGAGAAAGGGGUCCAGGGAAGUCAAACCCUGCUGGUGGAGCAUCAAAUGACCACUCCAGGAUGGAAUGCUCUUACCUUGCCUUCUCGUGCACUGGAAGGCACUGACUCGGGUGUUCUGAAAUUCAAGCUGGUCUGCAGGCCUCACGUAGGCAAUACCACAGCUACAAGACACUUACUUCUGGAUACAGCUGGACACCAUCAACCCUUCCUGGUGAUCAGGACUCAAGCCAGAGCACCUGGGGGGGAUCGGGCCAAAAGGAGGACCCCUACAUGUGAGCCUGGGAGCCUUCUAUGCUGCAAGCGGGACCACUAUGUAGACUUCCAGGAAUUGGGCUGGCAAGAUUGGAUCUUGCAGCCUGAGGGGUAUCAGCUAAAUUAUUGUAGUGGACAGUGCCCGCCCCACCUGGCUGGCAGCCCAGGCAUUACUGCCUCUUUCCAUUCUGCUGUCUUCAACCUUCUCAAAGCCAAUAGUCCCUGGCCAUCUGGCCCCUCUUGCUGUAUUCCCACAGCCCGUCGGCCACUCUCCAUCCUCUAUCUUGACCAAAGUGGCAAUGUAGUCAAAACUGAUGUACCUGAUAUGGUAGUGGAAGCCUGUGGCUGCAGCUAG